AUGAACCAGAUCCAAAGCAUUUUUCGUGGAAGAGGAACUCUAAUGCCAUGUUUGAAAAAAUCCAAAAAUUGCACACGUUUGGGGUUGAACGUGCUAAGGAAGCAAGAGUUUCAGAAUGUGGGAGUGAUGCGGGAAUCCACAUGUGGAGAUGCUGAUGUUGGUACCAUUUUGUCAGGCUGGCAAAAAAACAGACUGACAUAUAGAAUACUGAACAGCACACCUGAUAUGAAAGACAAAGAUGUGGAUAAAGCAAUCAGGAAGGCAUUUCAAUUGUGGACUGCUGUGACACCCCUGAGUUUCAGUAGAAUUUAUGAAGGGACAGCUGAUAUAAGGAUCACUUUUGUGGCCAGAGCUCAUGAUAGCUGCCCUUGUUAUUUUGAUGGUCCCUUUGGAAGGCUUGCUUAUGCCUUUCCACCUGGUAAUAGUCUUGGUAGGGAAGUCCACUUUGAUGAGGAUGAAAACUGGACAGCAGGCUCAGAUGGAUUCAACUUGUUUCUUGUUGCUGCUCAUGAGUUGGGCCAUGUACCAGGUCUCCCCCAUUCUGCUGACCCGAGGGCCUUGAUGUUUCCCAGUUAUGCCUAUUUCAAAGUUUAUGAUUCUCUUCUCUCUCAAGAUGACAUUAUUCGCAUUCAGGCCAUUUAUGGGCCCUGGUCAUUCCUUCCAGUUAAAUCAUCUAAAGUCUGUGGCUCUAAGGUGUCUUUUAGUGCUAUCACUACAUUACACAGAGAAGUCAUGUUUCUGAAAGGCAGGCAUUUAUGGAGAGUCUAUCCUGAUACCUUUGAAGUUGAACUUGAAUUAAUUUCUACAUUCUUGCCCUUUCUUCCAUUUGGUAUUCAAGGUGCUUAUGAAAAUACUAAAGAUCAGACACUAUUUUUCAAAGGUAAUUCUACCUCGAAUUCAAGUACGCUGCACCAGGGUAGGGAGAUAUUGCAUGUGCCUACUCCCAGUUUCUACAAGGUAGAAAGGCUGAUUAAACUGAUCACAUGGUAUGAUGAAAACAGUCAAACUAUGGAAAGAGGUUAUCCACGAAGACUAGUAGAUGGCUUUCCAGGAGUUGGCAGUAAAGUUGAUGCUGUUUUCCAGUAUAAAGGACUCCUUUACUUUUUCUAUAGAUCAAAGCAGUGGGAAUUCAACCCUAAUACUAACAAUGUUGUUCGUGAGCUGAAGAGCAACAGCUGGUUUCACUGUUAA